GCGUCCCGCCGCCGCCCAUUCAGUGCCCCGUUGACCAUGUGCUCCUCCGGUCGUGCCACGACAAACACAAUGAGAAUAUUGUUAUUAUCGUCACCACCAUCGUCGUAAUCGCCGGACCCGUUUAAAUCCGUUCGCUGAUCGCGUCGCCGUGCGUACACCGUCCGAUUACACGUCUGCCGACCGUCACGUUAUGAUGCAACGGGUUUUUAUGCAAAACAAAAAUAUUUGAAAGUCACCAAGUACUUUUUAAAUACUACAGACAGAAAACUUCAGUUAAUAAAAUAGAACUUUCGUCAUGUUUUGUGAUUAUAUUUCAUAAAUUUAAAAUGUAAAAUCAAAAUGUUUUAUUUGAACAGUGAUUGUGUGUCGCUCAAUAACUUAUUUACUGAGAGUUUUUUUUUAAAAAAUAAUUUAAUAUUAUAGUGAAUUGUAUAUAUUAAUAACAAAUAUAACUAAAUUAUUAUGAAUACAUUUUGGAAUUUUGGACUACUUAUAUUUUAUGUUAUACCGUGUAUUUUGGCGUUGAUACAGAAAUCUACCAAGUUUCAAGAACGCGAAUAUUGGUACGAAGAGGCACGGGUGGCGCUGAAAAAACGGCUGGCCAGCUACGAGGGUAAAAUAGGAAGGGCGAAAAACGUAGUGUUUUUGGUCGGUGACGGGAUGGGCGCGUCCACAUUGACCGCUUCGAGGAUAUUCAAGGGUCAGAGGCAGGGAAACCAAGGCGAAGAGGAGCAAUUGCUUUGGGACACGUUUCCUGCUGUGGCAAUGGCAAAGACGUACAAUCUAAACGCUCAAACUGGGGAAUCGUCUGCAUGUGCCACUGCAUUACUUUGUGGAGUAAAAGCAAAUUUCGAAACAGUUGGAUUGGAUGGAAAAGGAAAAUUUGAAAGUUGUUAUUCCAGUUUUUCAUCUAGAGUCGAUUCGCUAGCUGACUGGGCCCAACAAGAAGGCAAAUCGACUGGUGUAGUAACCAAUACUAGAAUCACACACGCAACGCCUUCAGCACUAUACGCACAUUCGCCUAGUCGAUAUUGGGAAGAUGACGGGAAAGUACCCAUACCGUCGAGAAAAUCUUGUAAGGACAUCGCUAGACAGUUGGUCGAGGAUGAUCCAGGUCGACAUAUAAACGUGCUUUUGGGUGGUGGUAGAAGACAUUGGUUACCAAAAGUAGCACAGGACCCAGAACAACCUACCGAUGAGGGUAGACGGUUGGAUGGUCGAAAUUUGAUAGACGAUUGGAUCAGAGACAAAAAGAAAAGAAACAUAAAAGCCGAAUACGUGUGGAAUAAGAGUCAACUAGACAAAAUAGAAGCAAAAAAUGUAGAUCAUCUUCUCGGUUUAUUCGCGUAUUCUCACAUGGAGUUCGAGGUGGACCGAGACAAGGGACAAAACGGUGACCCACCCCUUCAUGAGAUGGCUGUCAAAGCUUUAUCUAUACUUCAGAAGAACAACAAAGGAUUCUUUCUAUUUGUCGAAAGUGGCCGUAUCGACCACGCGCAUCAUUACAACAACCCUUACAGAGCUCUAGAGGAGACGCUUGUUUUGGAGUCUACACUAGAAGCUAUCAUGGCCAAAGUGGAUUUGUCCGAUACAUUGGUCGUUGUCACUGCAGACCAUUCACACGUGAUGACAAUGGGAGGACUGGCCACGCCUCGCGGCAACGACAUAUUGGGUGUGGACGUGAAACCAUCAGACGUGGACGGACUGCCGUACAGCACGCUGCUGUACGGGAACGGGCCCGGCCAUACUGCGGAGCACAGGAUGGUACCGAUGGUGAACGCGACGGACGCGGAGACGCACAACCGGUUGCACAGCGCAGCGGUACCGCGGCAGUGGGCCACGCACGGCGGCGAGGACGUGCCGGUGUACGCGGCCGGGCCUUCGGGCAUCACCCAAGCGCUGUUCUCCGGCACGUUCGACCAGUCGUACGUGCCGCACGCCAUCGCGUACGUGGCGUGCUUGGCCGAGCACGCCAAACGGUGCCAGGACGCCGACCUGGUGGCCAACCGCAGCGGCCACGGGUUCGCGGCCGUCAAGACAGGCGUGUACGGGAUCGGGUCGCAGCAAUCGCCGCCGCCGUCGCAGGGUUGCUCGGUAGACACGAAUCCAGCUACGAGGACGACGAUGAUCGGUGGCAAAUCCGGAGGUGCCAAGAGCGGUGCAGCCAUAGUGUUGGCCAGUAGCGUGUUGUCCAACAACGGUUCGUCCGAGCAGACCAACAACACGAAUCCGCUAAACUUGGGCUUCGCGCUGAUCGCCACGGCCGCAGUGCUCGCCUUCGCCAUCACGUAAAUCAUCAGGUCCCGUCCCGCGUUAACGGUACGACCACUUAUUUAUAAAAACAAUAAUAUAUAACAUACAAUAAAUACAUAAUUGAAGUAUUAUAAUAGAUACGAUACACGAUUUCGAUUACUAUUAUAAUUUAUUAUUUUUAUAAUUAUUAUUAUUAUUAUUAUUAUUAUUAUUGUUAAGACUGCCAAACGUGGUUGACGUAUUGUUAUUAAUUGUCACAUAUUAUUGUACAUUAUCCAACGGUUAGAAGCAUGAAGGCCGUGUUUUUAUCGCGAAAUCUCUUAUUAAAAUAUACGUGUUGAGGCGAACACGACCGUUAAACAAAACGAAAAAAUUUAAUUGAAAUAAAAAACCAUUAUCAAAGGUUCGAGAUUUUAUAUUUACUCGCGUAGUAUGCGACAACUUAACACACACACAAAUAUACAAGCGCGCACACGUUCAUGUAUAUUCAAUGACAUUUUGCGUGCAAACAUUUCCGAUUUUUUUUUCUUCCGCACCAUAAUCGCUAUUCCGAUGAAAUGUUUUUUCCCCUAAAAUUGUUCUCCAUUUCAAUUUUUACAUUUUAAGUGUACGAUAAAAUGGUAAAAUAACCCGGAAGAGCGAUUUAACAAUUUUCCUCCGAAAUAACUAGUAUAAUACGUGACUUAAACGACAACAUUAUUAUUAUUAUUAUAACCAGAUCGUUGCAUUUUUCUAAUAAUAUACUUCCGCUUUAAUAAAAAUUCAUUUGCGAAGGAACGCACACGCAAAACGUUUGACCCCAACAGGGCUAAUAUAACCAAUUUAAUCCGAAAAUUAACGCUAAGAUAAUGUUAAAUAUCAGGAGUUUCUAGAUAAAUCUCUAAUAUAAAUUUUAAUCCUUUUUGGUUUUUCAUCAUUGCGGAUAAUUUAUCUGAUUGCUUCAUCAGAACUCAGACAUGUCUUUCAUCUAUUUAUUACGUUUACUGAAUUUAUCAAUACAUUUAUUAAUUUUCACAAUUUGAAUCCAUGUUUAUUAUAUUAAUAUUAAUAAUAUUUAAACCUUAUUACCACGCAAAAAAAUCAAUACAUUUGGUACCACAUAUGUCUUUGAAUGCCAGACGAAUUUUGAUUUAUUUAAUUAACGCCAAUCGGUAAUUUAUAGACACAUUAUAAUAUAUAGUAAAUUAACAAGUAAUUAUUAUGUUUGCGAGAUUACACCAGAAACAAUAGAUGGAAAACAGUCGUAAAUAAUAAACUUAAGUUAAACUUAAACUAAACAAUAGGCAAUUAUAGGAGUACGUUAAGAAGUACUUUACGGUUUAAGAAGAAAAGUAAUUUUUAUAAAACUGUUAUGCCAAAUUUGUGCUUUCAUAUUUCAAAAAACCUUAUACUUUAGAAAUCGAUUUAAUAAUUAUUUUC